AACUGAAACAGAUCAUAGUGGACUGUUAACGAAGAGUUGGAACUGGAAAAGAGUUUGUGGUGCAGAAACUAUAAUGUUGUAACAGCGCCAUCUAGUGGACAUCGAGCCCGUCGAUGAUUAAUGAGUUGAUCCUGUUUGAAGAGUUUAAAAUAACUUUUUUUGACUCCCCAAAAACAACAAUAUGAAAUCAUGGUGGUUAUUCUGUAACCGAACCCGUUUGUCUGUGUUUCCGUUACAAUAAAAUAACAUUUAUCAGCCAGGCUCAAAGACAAGGGUGUAGGAGACGAGAGGGUUUUGUGUAGCCGACGGAAGGAGCGUAGCUUCGGUGCGUAGCUUGAAGCUUCUCCAGUUCAGACAGCAGUGUAUGGAAGAUGGCGAGUGUAGAGAUAGCCGCGGAGCACGAGAGAAUCCUCCGAGAGAUAGAGAGCACGGACACCAACUGCAUCGGGCCCACACUCCGGUCGGUGUAUGAUGGCCAGGAGCAUGCUGUGUUCAUGGCCAAGCUGGACGGAAGGAUCCGGGGGCACGACAGGGAGAUAGAGAAGAUGUGUAACCACCACUUCCAGGGCUUCGUGGACUCCAUCACAGAGCUGCUCAAAGUACGAGGAGAAGCCCAGAAACUGAAGAGUCAGGUGAUUGAAACCAACCAGCGUCUCCAGGACAACGGCAAAGAGAUGUUAACCAGUAUGGAUGAGUUGAGACAAUGUCGUCUUCAACAGAGGAACAUUGCCACCACCAUCGACAAGCUCACACACUGUCUACCUGUUCUAGAGAUGUACAACAAACUACAGGAACAAAUGACAGCCAAAAGGUACUACCCUGCCCUGCGCACGCUGGAGCAGCUACAGGUCACAUGUCUCCCGAGGGCAGGGAGGUUCCGCUUCUGCUCCAUCAUGGCCGACAACAUCCCCAGACUCCGCCUUCACACCCGUGACACGGCCAUGACUCAGCUCAACGACUUCCUGGAGAACCUCCGGAGACACGCCCACAAGAUAGGGGAGGCGGCCAUGAAGCAGGCCCAGUUGCAGCGGUCGUUGGACAGCUCCAUCUCAAUUCCAGCAGAGAGCAGCGAUUGGUGGAGCCAGGAGGAAGGAGGGCGGGGACUGAGCUUGACGGACAGGGCAGCACUCCAAUCUCAGAGCAGGACUCGGGCAUCCUGGACGUGGAGGAGGAGGAAGAUGUUCCUGAAGCUCAGGAGUUGGUAGAUUUCUCCCCAGUCUACUGCUGCUUCCACAUCUACUCUGUACUGGUGAGUCCUCCUCUCCUUCUC